GUGGUAACUAGUGGAAACCCACAACAUCCCCAAGUUACACCGGAAUCAAACAAGAGCGCGUGCGCAGCUGCGCAGUCACCCCGCAAACAUGGCGGUUCUUCUUGAAACAACUUUGGGUGAUAUCGUCAUUGAUUUAUUUACAGAAGAAAGGCCUAAAACAUCCCUGAAUUUCCUGAAGUUAUGCAAAAUCAAAUUCUACAAUUACUGCCUCAUCCACAAUGUCCAGAGAGAUUUUAUUGUGCAGACUGGAGAUCCCACUGGGACUGGCCGUGGUGGAGAAUCUGUCUAUGGUAAACUAUAUGGAGACCAGGCCCGCUUCUAUGAUGCAGAGAAAAACCCACGGAUCAAACACAGAAAGAAGGGCAUGGUGUCCAUGGUGAACAAUGGCAGUGACCAACAUGGUUCUCAGUUCCUGAUCACCACUGGUGAGAACUUGGACUACCUGGAUGGGGUCCACACUGUGUUCGGAGAGGUGUCAGAGGGUAUGGACGUCUUGGCCAAGAUCAAUGAGACCUUCGUUGACAAGGAUUUCAUCCCUUUUCAGGAUAUCAGAAUAAACCACACUGUGAUCCUGGAAGACCCUUUCGAUGACCCUGCUGACUUGCCCGUGCCUGACCGCUCCCCUGAGCCUACCAAGGAACAGCUGGAUAGUGGUCGUAUUGGAGCUGAUGAAGUGAUCAACGACACAGAUGGGAAGAAGGCUGAGGAGCUGGAUGAGCUGCUGAAGGAGAAGGAGGCCAAGACACAGGCUAUCCUGCUGGAGAUGGUGGGUGAUCUCCCUGAUGCGGAAGUGAAACCUCCUGAGAAUGUGCUGUUUGUGUGUAAGCUGAACCCUGUGACCACAGAUGAAGACCUGGAGAUAAUUUUCUCCCGCUUCGGACUUAUUAAGUGCUGUGAGAUCAUCAGAGACUGGAAGUCAGGAGAGUCUCUGUGCUAUGCUUUCAUCGAGUUUGAAAAGGAGGAGGACUGUGAAAAGGCCUUCUUCAAGAUGGACAAUGUGCUCAUAGAUGACAGGCGCAUACACGUGGACUUCAGCCAGUCUGUUUCAAAGAUCAAAUGGAAAGGCAAAGGUGGAAAGUAUACCAAGGAUGACUUCAAGGCCUAUGAAAAAGACGCAGGAUCCAAAUUAGCUCUUAAGGAUAAAGUCAAACCUAAGCAGGACUCCAAAUACGACCUGCUUUUAGAGGAAGAGGAAGAAGGAACAAGCCAUCGGCAUGCUGAGAAGAAACAAGGAUAAGAAACACAAUCACUCAGAUGACGAGGACACCAGGAAAUCCAAGAAAUCCAAGGUCUCCCGAAAAUGGCUUUUGAACUAAUUGUUUUCCUUGUGUGGAACAGUGAGGAGCCCAGGCGGGAGAAAAAGACAGACCGGCAGCAUUCACGCUCCAGGGAAAGAGACCGCCACCACAAGCACAGCAAGUCCCGUGAAAAGCACCGCCCAGAGAGGAGCCGCAGUCGUUCACCCAAGAAGUCUAAAGACAAGGAGAGGAGCAGACACCGAUGAUGAGAGGGAGAGGAACAGGGUUGAGGGCAAUUCCAUUUCAAUUCCCCAUCCAUAUACUGAAUUGGAAAAUCCUCUUUGAAAAAUAAAUGUCAGUUCACUUCAUGAAUUGACUAAAUUGAAAUGGAAUUGGACCGCCCAGAUACCUGUCACUGUGGCCCCUACUACCCCAACACCACCCAUGUCUGAGAGAGCAGCACUAGGGACUCGGCCCUCACAUUACAUGGGGGGGGGGGUAUCCUGGGAUGUUUACCCUAAUUACCUGGAAGUAACACAGUGUUACAUAACCUGAGAACACUGCUCAUUAUGAAUAAUAAAACAUUUCAGCCUGAACUGCUCGAUUCCUAUAGGGCAACAUUCUGUAUUUAGGUCUACACAGCAUUUUCCAAAUCAAUCUCCAUACACACAUCAUAACUAAGUCCCCAGUCAGUAACGUUCUAUAAGUAUAUUUGUAUUUUGGUUUGACUUAUACCCCACCGCCCUUUCUGUUUCUUAACGGGCAGGUGAAUGAUUCCCCCCAUGUUUGUCCAUAUUUUAACCUUUUUUUUACUCUUUUUUCCCCAGCUUUUGUACAGAAAAUAAAUGUACCCAGCUAACAAAUAUUCCCACAAUUUUAACCCUCAGACACAUGAAUGUUCUUAAAACGCAUCUAGAACAUUGUAUAUUCUGAGAAUAUUGUAACCGCGUUCUUGGGUUCGAUCCCCGGGACCACCCAUACGUAGAAUGUAUGCACACAUGACUGUAAGUCGCUUUGGAUAAAAGCGUCUGCUAAAUGGCAUAUAUUAUUAUUAUUAUAGAUAAGUAAUAUUUUACAUUAAAGGAACAUUCUCAACUUUAACACCAAAACAUGCUAAAAUGUUUUAAGGUUUUUGCUAACAUAGAAUGUUCCAUCAACUAACGGAAAACUAGACUCUCAAACAUUAGGGGAACAUCACGGGUAAUAUUACAAAAACGUUCUCUGUACCUAGAAUUGUUAGCUGGGUAGUGGGCAUGGAAAGCGUGAGUUGUCUGUAUGCACUGCAGAGGGGAUUCCCUGUGUCAUCCUCCCUAUUAUAGUUCAAGCCGUAUGUCAAUGAGUCCAGAUUUUCAUGACUUCUGACUUGACUUGGAUUCGACCAGUGGUUUCUCGCCUUCUCGCGACUUGUAUUUGCAGUUGGACUAGAUAGGGUACUAUGGUAAGGAAAAUAUUAGCAGCACUGGAUGCGCAGGGCAACAAGGGUUCUGUUAUCUGGCAGUGAAAGGGCACGCCACACCCAGCACACGUAGUUUAUAUCAGCUGGUGAGGAUUGUGGGCAGGCAAGCUCUGCUCCGGCAAUCAUAGGCUACACAUCGCAGAGGCGACUCUCUUGAUUCCCCAUAACCACCAGUCACCAGCCUACUAUUUUGUUUUGCCUGGUUAGGAAACACAAACUGUUUAAGGAAUUGAAAACAACACUACUAUUGAGUUUAAUGGUAAAACAACAGUCUAGCUAUUUGUCUCCCCUUGAUUAUAGACAAAUAUGCUGUCUUUGAAUUUGUCGUCUCGCUCUACCCACCUCCAACUUCUCCCCUGCAUCACUUCGCCAGGUUAUGACAAGUCUCCCUUUAGUUUUUACUUUGAAAUAAAAAACCUACAGAAAUAUCAGUGGGCGAUUAUAAAUAAUUAGCUGAGAGCCGGACUUACCAUUCAUAUAUGUAGUAAAUGAGUAGUUAAACAGGUAUUGUGUAGAACUUGUGAGGUAAUGACUAACUAGUACAAUAGUUGUUUUUUUCAUGAGGGAGUGGCGAUAUACUGCCAUCGGUGGCGACUAGAAACAAUUGUAUAAUAAAAUAUAUUAUAAAUUGAUGGACUUGACCAUUGGUGACUUGUACUCGACUCGGAAUUCGGCCAUCGGGUAUCGUGACUCGACUCUGACUCAAGCACAGGGGACUUGACUCGGGCUCGAGGUUUAGUGACUCGACGACAACACCGAUGAUUACUCACCUUCCAACUCCCUGAGUGAUAUGAGAAGAAGUUGGAGGCAGCCAUGCAGGAUGAAAGUUGUGUGGGCUACAUUAAUAAAUGAGGUAUCCUCUUUUGGCUACAGUU